GAUUACGUAAGAUCAAGAGUCGACGGUGCGCUGUGCUCUUCGAGACGGGCUGCGGUUCCAUUCCUCGCUGGACAACCCAUAGUGAAUGGCGCCAGUGGAACCAUGAGCUUUAACAGGGCCAUAGACUCGUACAGAGAAGACCUCAUAAGGAAGCAGCACGGGCACGACGUGGGGUCUGAAGAUGAAGACGAGCUGUUGGACAAACUCGACGAUGAAUUGGAUCAACAUUUCCAGCAGUAUAGAGAACAGCGAAUGCAGGAAUUGAGCCAACAGAUGUCACAAUCAAAGCGAUUGGUUGAAGAAGCCGGGCAUGGGUCUGUGCAGACGGAGCUCUCUGAAGAAAGCGUCAUAAAGAUCACGGCCAAAGCCGCGAGAACCGUGUUACACCUAUUCCACGAGAAUUUUGCCAAAUGCUCGCUUAUGGAUCGGAAGCUGGAGAUCCUGGCUCAGAAGCACGUUACUACAAAGUUCAUCCGUAUCAGUGUGGAUAACGCGCCAUUCUUGGUGACUAGGCUGAAAGUACAGGUGCUGCCAGUGGUUAUUGUAUACGUAAACGGUGUGGAAACUGCAAGAGUUGUUGGGUUUGAAAAACUGCACUACGAUGCUAAAAAGAAUGACUUCUCCAUUGAGGCCUUAGAGCAAUUUCUAUUGCAAAACGGUACGUCUUGUGUUACCCCUUGGGAACAGCUGUUAUAACAGUACUAAUGCAUUACAUUUUAGGUGCCAUUGAGCAAAGGGCAAACAAUUACACGAGAAUUGCCAAACACGAGGAGCAAGAAUCAGAAGAGAGUGACUUGGACCUAUGAUACACGACACACGAUGAAGUCAAAUAUCGACCUCAAUACCCCUUUGUGUGGCCUGUGCAGUGGUUUCCCCUUCAGAG